CAGAGCUCCACUAACCGUACUCCGUACUGAACAGUCCUCCUUCAUCGCAUGUUGCUUGCAGAAGAUGCAGAACGGAGCACUCAAUAUUUCAAACAACAAUCUAAAACCCUGAAAAUCCCCCUGUGGAUGAAGAAAACACAUCGCGCACUCAAAAUAGCAGCACUGGCGUUUCGCAGCAACCAUCAACCGGGCGCAUCGUGAAGGAGGGAGGGCGGGGUCUGGCAGCUCCCCGGAUCGAUAUUCGAGACUGAGUCCGGGUUCGUGGGCUGAGAGAAACACAAUGAACGAGUAUCCCUCCGGCAGUCUGGACCACAGCGUCCCGUUCUUGCUUACUCUGGGAACGCGGACUGGCUCGGCAUACGAUUUCGGGCUGAGUGCUGCCCUCAAGGAGCAAGCCGUCCUCAUCCGAUCCGACCUCCCGCCCCUCGAGUCCGACCAGGCACGUGCACUGCUGCGGUACAUCCAGGACCGCGAUGCUUCUCAGCUGCCCUGCAAUGCGAGAGAAAUGGCGGCGAGAAAAUACCGCUUCCGGGUCAAGGCGGUUGAAAGGUCACUGCUACUACCACCUCGCCAUGCGCCCCUUCCGGAAGGCAUCGAAGCUCCGUCUCCGUCCCCGUCCACCGUGCUGCACUCCCCCUACUCCCCGCUCAGCCCCAUUUCCCCUCUAUAUCCCGACGGCCUAAUCGACACGCAAUGGCUACGCAAACACCAAGAACUGGUCCCAAGCGUCCUUCUCUGUUUCUACACCCUCGUUUCCGACACGACCCUUGCCACGCUGUGUGACAAUCAGAUCAAGACCGAUGUGAAUAAUAUCAGGGCCCUGCUGAGCCAGUCCGGUAACAAGACGAGACUGGCGGUUGUGCUCCUGAGUGACCAUGUCCCAUCCGCGUCCUUUGGGGAGGGUAUUCAAGAGCGGCUGGAAACAAUCCGCAGGGGCUGUGGUUUGGAUUCGAAGGCCCUGUUCCUCGUGCCAUCCAGCGACUCCCAGGAAGAACUCGAGCGCGUGGCCGAGAACAUGCUCACGACGCUUUACGCCGUGGCGAUAGAAUACUACCGGGACCUGGGCAGGCAUUCUCGAAAGAAGAGGGGUAGAGGCAUCGCUCCCCAGCCGACAGUGCCUCCAACGUCUGGAACUUCGCAGACGCUCUCGCUGGCUGGGUGGAACGUCCGCUAUGAUUUCAAGUCGGCUGUGUUUGCCGAAUACCGCCUGGAAAUGGAUGUAGCACUGCGCUCAUACGAGCAAGCGUACGAGAACCUACUGAGCUCCGAGUUGAUGGAACUCAUUCCGAGCUGGAGCCCGCGGUGGAACGAGGCGAGGUUUCUCGCCGAUGUUAUCGCCGUGCGCUGUCUGAGGUCCUUGCUGUGGAGUGGUCAGCACAGCUCAGCCGCUCGGAGAUGGCAGGUUCACCGCGAGAGGAUAGCCGACUUUGUCGACCGCCGGGGCAGGGGCACCAACAACUACGGCUGGGAGGCCUGGGAGGCUCGGUGGGCCGUUGUCAUGGCGGAUCUGAUCGACAAGGCCGACAUACAGGAUUUGGGUCCGGCCACCCUGAAGCUCUUCCUUCCGCCAGAGAAGAGCGUCAUGGGCGAGCGGCUACAGCCCUGGGAACUGCUACAUCACACAGGGUACUGGCAUCGCCUGGCCGCGAAACACUUACAGGCCCGGAAAGCUCUUGCACAUGCCAUCCCGGAAGAUGACAGGAGAUCGCCGAGCGCCUCGCCGGCCUCCCAUGUUGCGAAAUCUGCUUUCGCCUAUGACACGUACAUGUGUCCUGACCCAUACGAAGAAUUCCCCUUGGGCCGCCCAGGCGUAGACCAUGGGCAGUUGAUAGUUGACCGGCUGAUGCGAGCCCGUUCCGAGUUUUUAAGACGACGCCAGACACGCUUUGCCGCCGAGGUAUCCCUGGAGUGUGCCAGGGAGCUUGCGCUCGCCGAGAACUGGCCGAACAUCGUCAGCCUUCUGCGUCCCAUUUGGAAAGACCUGCCCUUCAGGAGCGAGGGCUGGAUUGCCAUUGCUGAGGAGCUAAACUGGGCGCUCAGGACUGCAGCCGCUGAGGUUGGUGAUGCGGAGCUGCUGCUCCUGACUAGCUGGGAGCUGCUCUCCCGGGACUUCACAAGACGCCCGGGCUGGCAUUACGAUAUAUCCAGGGCAUUGGAAGACGUUGACCUUACGCCCAAACCUAUUGUUUCGAUCAGAGAUGGACAACUGCAGGCAUUCGUCUCCGCCUCCUUCCUCUUUAUGAAAGACGAGGGUAGGGCGGGCCAGAGUGUUCGCGGCCAACUCUCUGUCGUUUCAAAUACGCACUCGGAGUCAGCACCUGUCGUUCUCAGCAGCAUUUACCUCAGCUUCAAAGGUAGCCUUGACGGGGUCGUCCUGCGGCACCAAGCCAAGGGACCAGCGAUUCAACAGAGCCAGGGCAAGGCAAUUCUGAGCUCAGUACCCUUGACCAGGCAGGUGGAUGCCGACGCACAAGCAGAGCCCGCUGAGUCGGACGAAACCAGCACUGGCGUCACGCUCGUCGGGUCCUCAGACUUGACGCUGCUGCCAGGUCGAACCCUGGUCCUCGACAUGGAAAUACCCCUGCGGGAGCCCGGUGAGACGCUUGCAGAAUCGCUAACCCUGAAUGUUGAAACUGAGCUAUUUGGCCUGCGGCAGUCUUUAGCCUUCCAGGAAGCAAAGAACGCCAGACUUUGGUAUCUCUCCCCUUCUACAACUAAGCACGUUGCUCACCCCCGUCCCCUUGCAGUCCGCGUCUUGCCCAGGCCUCCCAAAAUGGAGGUCAGGUGUCCAGUGUGGAAGGAGCAAUACUACGCGGAUGAGCCUAUCAGUCUCAAGUUCGAGGUCGAGAAUGGCGAAGAUGUCGAGGCGUUGGCCAAGCUGGACGUGCUCUUAUUCGGCGAAAAGCCACCGAGUUUCACGGUAGAAAUCCCGGGACAAGAGGAUCAGACCUCGUUCAGCGUCCGCAGCGAAGAGACCAGGCUCUCAGGAGUCUCGAUGGGAAGCAUCGCGAGCUCCAAAUCACUCGCCAUCGGCCUGCGCCUGCCUCCGAUUCAGCGCUCAAGCCGAUACGACCUGACACUCAAAGUCACCUACUUCCUCCCAACCAACCCUGGUACGCCCAUUUCACAAACGGCAGUAUUCCAGCUCAAAGUCGUCAACCCCUUUGAAGCAAACUACGACCUCCUGCCUCGGGUCCACCGCGACCCCUGGCCAAGCCUCUUUGAUCCGGAAGGCAUCGCCCCUCCGAGCACGGCCGAGGGUGACAGUAUCCCUCUCCCUCCCAAAGGCAUCUCCCAAGCCUGGACGCUCAUCGCGCGCUAUGCCUCGUUCGCCUCGGAGCCCCUCCGCGUAAAGGAUGUCGACAUAACCAUCCAACCCCAACCAACAGCCUUCCGCUGCACCUCGACAAAAUGCACCGAACUCCCGGCCUCCGGCGCCGGCCGCCUCGUCAAACCCAAGACAAUCCAAGAAGCCGCCUUCGACCUCGCCGCGCAAAAGCUGACCGUCGACGACCGCAGCCACGCUCACCUCGACGUAUCCCUCCUCAUCAAAUGGACCCGCGUGGACACGAACGAUCAGACCACCAGCAACAUCACGACCCUCCCGAUCCCGCGCUUCACCCUCUUUGGCACCGAACCACGCGUGCUGGCGUCCGUCUCCUACCACCGCCGCCGGCGAGGCGCAACAACAAUACCAACAACGCCUCUGAUCGCGCUCACCAUCAUGAUCGAGAACGCCUCCAACCACUUCCUGACGUUUGGCCUCGCCAUGGAGCCGAGUGAUCAAUUCGCCUUUUCGGGACCCAAGCAGACCACACUGAACCUGCUACCUGUGUCGAGGAGGAGUGUCGAGUACCGGCUGCUGCCGCUUGAUGCGCCGCCUACGCCGACAGAAGGGAAGGAAGAGGAAGGUGGUGGGUGGUGGAUACGGCCUGGCUUGGUGGUCAGGGAUAAGUACUUCCAGAAGGUGCUCAAGGUGAUUCCUGCAUCGGAGGGGGUGAGAGGUGGGAAGGAUGGGUUUGAGGUUUGGGUGCCGAGGAGGAUGGUGUUUGGGAAUGCCGGACAGGGCGAAGACCAGGAGGAAUAGGCGAUUACACCCUGCCCGAUAUAACUAGGGAGAGUCACUGCCAAACUUAUGGGCUUGUGCGGUCUGGGACUUGGUUUGACCAAGUGUUGACGGAUUGUUGACGGAUGGACAGGUCACGAGUUGGCCUGAAGGUGCGGCGUAAAGCAGAACAUGGGCAUGAACCCUGAGACAAUGCGAAACCAUUGUCGCCAUUCUAACUCCGGAACACCGUAACUGUCACUUGAGUACCUCAGUGAUGAUGUCUGCCACCUACAGAUAACACUGGUGCGGGAGAGACGACAUUCAUACCGAUAUCCUUGGACACACAGCUCACGAACAACUCGUUGGGGGGUGUAAUCUGCCAACAUUUCUCUAUGUUGUCAUGGGAAAUGCG